AUGGAACCCCACAUCGCCCACGAACUUUCAAAACUUGACCCCGCCAUCCCCUUCAGGGCGUCCUCCUCCCAUCUGCACCACACCUGGGCCAAAACCUUCUACUGGCGCCCGGAACUCUUUAUACAACCCGAGUCAGUCGCAGAGCUUCAAAAGGUUGUCACUCUCGCCCGCCGUUGUCGCCGCCGUCUUGUUACAGUCGGGAGCACCCACUCCCCAUCAGACCUCACCUGCACCUCCGCCUGGCUCAUCAAUCUCGACAACUUUCGUCGUAUCCUCUCCUUCUCGCAAGAAACAGGGAUAGUGACUGUCGAGGCGGGCAUACGGCUGCGCAGCCUUGGUGUGGAGUUGGAGAAAUAUGGCCUGACGCUGCCGAAUCUGGGUAGUAUUGACGAGCAGAGUAUUGCUGGCGUGAUCUCAACGGGGACGCAUGGAAGUUCAUUGAGAUACGGACUGCUGUCACAGUCCGUGCUGGCCUUGAGUAUUCUCCUGGCCAAUGGACAGGUGGUCCGCUGUAGUGCUGAGAGUAAUAUAGAGCUGUUCCGCGCCGCCCUCGUUUCACUGGGUGCCAUUGGCAUUAUUACGGAAAUGACACUACAGACUGUACCAAGCUUUAAAAUCGCAUGGCAGCAAUCUGUACAGAACCUGCCACAAAUACUAGAAUUGUGGGACAGCGGUCUCUGGACUUCUUCGGAGUAUGUGCGCGUUUGGUGGCUGCCAUACUGGAAGCGAGCUAUCAUCUGGCGCGCGGAUAAAACCGAUCUACCCCUCUGCGCACCGCCAGCUAACUUCUACGGUGGCCGUGUUGGUAAUUUUAUUUACCACAAUUUAUUAUAUCUCUCCAAUUAUGUCCCGCGUAUUCUUCCCUGGGUCGAGUGGUUCGUCUUCGGUAUGCAAUACGGUUUUAGGCCAGGUAAACUCAUCACUUCAGCAGUGGAGCCUGGUCGGACAGGUUUGCUCAUGAACUGCCUCUACUCUCAGUUCGUCAAUGAGUGGGCACUACCAUUGGAAAAAGGACCGGAAGCUAUCACUCGACUUUCUGCCUGGCUAAAUGGUGACGCGGCUACCGCCAGGAUCCCAUUCAGUUCCAAGGAUGUCUGGGUGCAUGCGCCCAUCGAAGUCCGCGUCUCAGAUACAUCCAAGACCAAUACGCCGCGCCCCUAUCUGGACCCAACCUGCGCAACGGGACCCACGCUAUUUCUCAAUGCGACUUUAUACCGCCCGCACUUGCGCGAUCCUCCCUGCUUGGCUAGGUACUAUGAGGCGUUCGAAUGGUUAAUGCGCGAGAUGGGCGGACGCCCACAUUGGGCCAAGAAUUUCAGCUCCAGCACGGGACAGAAGGAAAUAAGCCAUAUGUACGGACGCGAUCUAGAAAAGUGGUUGAUAGCCCGCAAGUCGGCUGACCCCGAUGGUAUGUUCUUGGGUGAAUGGCAUCUGCGGAAUUUGUUUGCCGCCCCGACCAAUGACGUAGAUGAUCAGGAUGGGGGAUACUCAUUUCCUCUCGCGGAGCGCGAAAAGUCACGGCGGAAACUUAUGAAUCUUCGUGGUGUUGGGGAUGCUCUGGAAUAUAUCGGUGACAGGAGGUGGGUGGAUGAUUGUUCAUCUACGACAAGGCCUGGCAGUGGCCUCCGGGAACAAAUUAAGGGGACCUUGCUUCCUAAGGAGAGAAAUCAUAACGAGGUCCAGCUUGAUCCCCCAAGCCCGCCGACAACAGUGGCGAGUGAGGAGAGCUUUCAUCAUCUUGCUCACGGGGAAGCUAGUGUCAUGCUCGAGAAGAGAUAG